AUCUACUUGCUGCUGACGUGCCGAGAAUGGCUGCCCCACUUCCACCUAGGGGUUGUUUCACUUGCGGCUCUCUCCACCAUUUCUAUCGAGAGUGUCCGCAGAGGACCGGUGGUUAUCGGUCACCUGUGACGGGUGCUAAUGCAAUUCCCACUGGGCAAACCCUUCUGGCGUUGCCGGCACAUUCGGUGGCCGGUAACUCAUUGGCGAGUACUCCAGGUAUAAACCAAUCGAACGCAGCGGCUCAAGGUGCGGGGUACCAAAAUAAUGGCUACUAUAUUGGAGGGCAUCAACGAUCAGGCUUCUGGAAAGCGAACCAGGAGAGACUCGAUGUGGUGUAUAGCAAGUAUCUGGAGGAUAAGGAGAAAGAGACGAAGCAGAAGGAGGAAGAAGAAAAGAACAAACGGAUCAAGGAGGAAGAAGAGAGGAGGGGAUUGUGGAAAAAGGAACGGGAGCAGUUGGAACUGGAAAUGGGUGUUAGGAUCGAUAAGAAGUUGGAGCUGGUAUGCUCGAAGGUCAAGGUUAAUGAUCAAGCGGAGGCAGGUUGUAGCAGACAGGAAAAUGACGAGUUGGUUAGAUUACGAAGGGAGAAUGAGGAUUUAAGGAGGGCGCUAUUGGGCGAGACGGAGCCUCAGGGCGAUAUGGUUAAAAAACUGGAAAGGGAAAUAGGCGAGUUGCGCAGACAAGUUCUGAGUAAAGGGAGCCGUGACGAUGAGAUGGUCGCCCUUAAGCAUGAGAUCGAACAACUUCGUGAGUCUACAGUCAAGGAGCAAAAGGUGGCUGGGCUGAAGCGGCAGAUUGCGGACCUGCAAUUGGAGGCAAGGCAGUGGAAAGACGAGGCUCUACGUCCAGGGAACAAGCGUGGCAAUAUUGCGGUCGCCACACCUGAGUCGAAUGUCAGGGCAACUCGGAAGCCGAGAUGGACCGAUAAUCACAUCCAGGAUGGUGAAAAAAUGGAAGGUCGAAUACAAGAAGUUGCAGAGUAUGCGAAGAGCGGACUUUUGGGAGGUCGAAAUAUUGAAAAAGAAGAAGGCUAGUGCAGAAGUGAAGGUGAUCAAGUUGCAGCAGCAGUUGGGAAAAUUAAGCACUAACGAUAAUGAGGGAGAAAAGGUGCAGCAAGGUACAAACCUCAAGGAACGUUUGGAAGCAGUAGCGAUGGCAACGGCUAGAAAAGUAAUGAAAGCAACACCCAAUC